AUGCAUGAGUCAGGAAGAGGAAAAAAAGGUGUAGCCAAAGGACAUUUAGGAGUAGGACAGUUAAGUGUAGGACAUUUAGAUGUAGGAUACUUAGGUGUAGGAUAUUUAAGAGUAGGACAGUUAAGUGUAGGACAUUUAGAUGUAGGAUACUUAGGUGUAGGAUACUUAGGUGUAGGAUACUUAGGUGUAGGAUACUUAGGUGUAGGAUACUUAGGUGUAGGAUACUUAGGUGUAGGAUACUUAGGUGUAGGAUACUUAGGUGUAGGAUACUUAGGUGUAGGAUACUUAGGUGUAGGAUACUUAGGUGUAGGAUACUUAGGUGUAGGAUACUUAGGUGUAGGAUACUUAGGUGUAGGAUACUUAGGUGUAGGAUACUUAGGUGUAGGAUACUUAGGUGUAGGAUACUUAGGUGUAGGAUACUUAGGUGUAGGAUACUUAGGUGUAGGAUACUUAGGUGUAGGAUACUUAGGUGUAGGAUACUUAGGUGUAGGAUACUUAGGUGUAGGAUACUUAGGUGUAGGAUACUUAGGUGUAGGAUACUUAGGUGUAGGAUACUUAGGUGUAGGAUACUUAGGUGUAGGAUACUUAGGUGUAGGAUACUUAGGUGUAGGAUACUUAGGUGUAGGAUACUUAGGUGUAGGAUACUUAGGUGUAGGAUACUUAGGUGUAGGAUACUUAGGUGUAGGAUACUUAGGUGUAGGAUACUUAGGUGUAGGAUACUUAGGUGUAGGAUACUUAGGUGUAGGAUACUUAGGUGUAGGAUACUUAGGUGUAGGAUACUUAGGUGUAGGAUACUUAGGUGUAGGAUACUUAGGUGUAGGAUACUUAGGUGUAGGAUACUUAGGUGUAGGAUACUUAGGUGUAGGAUACUUAGGUGUAGGAUACUUAGGUGUAGGAUACUUAGGUGUAGGAUACUUAGGUGUAGGAUACUUAGGUGUAGGAUACUUAGGUGUAGGAUACUUAGGUGUAGGAUACUUAGGUGUAGGAUACUUAGGUGUAGGAUACUUAGGUGUAGGAUACUUAGGUGUAGGAUACUUAGGUGUAGGAUACUUAGGUGUAGGAUACUUAGGUGUAGGAUACUUAGGUGUAGGAUACUUAGGUGUAGGAUAUUUAAGAGUAGGACAUUUAGAUGUAGGAUAUUUAGGUGUAGGAUACUUAGGUGUAGGAUACUUAGGUGUAGGAUACUUAGGUGUAGGAUACUUAGGUGUAGGAUACUUAGGUGUAGGAUACUUAGGUGUAGGAUACUUAGGUGUAGGAUACUUAGGUGUAGGAUACUUAGGUGUAGGAUACUUAGGUGUAGGAUACUUAGGUGUAGGAUACUUAGGUGUAGGAUACUUAGGUGUAGGAUACUUAGGUGUAGGAUACUUAGGUGUAGGAUACUUAGGUGUAGGAUACUUAGGUGUAGGAUACUUAGGUGUAGGAUAUUUAAGAGUAGGAUACUUAGGUGUAGGAUACUUAGGUGUAGGAUACUUAGGUGUAGGAUAUUUAAGAGUAGGACAUUUAGAUGUAGGAUAUUUAGGUGUAGGAUACUUAGGUGUAGGAUAUUUAAGAGUAGGACAUUUAGAUGUAGGACAUGUGAGAGUAGGACAGUUAGGUGUAGGACAUGUGAGAGUAGGACAGAUAGGUGUAGGACAUAUGAAAGUAGGAGAGAUAGGUGUAGGACAGUUAGGUGUAGGAUAUUUAGGUGUAGGACAUUUAAAAGUAGGACAUUUAGGUGUAGGAUAUUUAGAUGUGGAACAUUUUAGAACCUCUGUAGGAGAUCUAUUAAUCUGCUGA